AUGGGCAGACGAGGAACAGCGGUUCCGGAACUCACGAUAAGAAGUUGGGAGAUAGCGUUUGGUAAUUGGAUUCGUUCCGAUGGCUCUUACCAGAUGAAACUACAACGGCACUCGACGUUUCCGAUGCGCUCUCGCCACUCCGUUAAAUGCGCCUUCAAAAGUGUCCUUCCCUUUCCCGGUGUCGCGGGCAACUGGUCAGGACAAAACGAUGUGAACGCAGAUGCGCAUGUUGAACUUGAUGGAGAGGGAAGCUGUGCGUCUACGACGAUAUCUUGGAAAUGGUGA